AUGGCCCCUCGACGCAAGUGCCAUAUAUGCGGCUCAAAACAAUGGCACAAGGAACCCACGAGUGGUAUCGUUACCUGCAGCGAAGGACACGUCCUUCUGAACUACCGCACUGAAACGCACGAGGUCACCGAGCUGGGACCUCAUGCCGUCAGGAAGCGCACCCUCAAGUCCGGGAGGAAGAAAAAGGAGCGACAGAGCAAGGCCGAUCCGAAAAUCUACCAUGGCGAGCGGGCACGCUGCCAUUACUUCCAGUGUUUGCAGGUCCUGUUGCGUAUGCAAGCAGCCGCUCUAAUCCGCGUGUGGGAGCUUCCCCCAGAAUUUGAGUUAAUCUGCAGGGACGUUUGGGCUCUGAAUCUUGCCUUGCUCCCGACUCCGCCGAGCCCAGAGCCUUUGCUACACGCACUUGACGGCUCCGAGGAGGAUCACGCGUCGAAAGCAAGCCUUUCCCCGCGACCAUCACCCGAAGCGGACGAGGGGAACGAAGGGGAAGACAUCGCGGACGGCAGCAACGCAAACCAGUCAUCAAGCUCGUCUGGCUCCUCUUCAGGCUCUGAGCCAGAUGAUGAAGAGCUCGAGGAGCUCAUGCGAGAGAACUCCGAAACCCCGUCUGAUGAUGAUGACGAACCUACGAGCACUCCUAAGCCAAGGCCGAGCGCGAGAACGCCACGGAAACGGCGUACAUUUGGCCGCUAUGACACCCCUGCAAGUACAAUCUCAUGCCUAGUCGUCGCCUGCUGGACGUUACGGCUCCCGGUGAUGUAUGUGGACUUCGUAAGAUCUAUAGAGAGCUACGACUUGCCAUACCUCGAUCCUCUGAGACUGCUCCCCGAGAGCAUGACAUCCCAUCUCAGGAAGAACACCGUGCAGGCACUAUCUCCCCACCACCCGCCCUCGCCUCUACACCUUCACCGACUAGCCUCUCGUCUGGCACGACUGAUGUAUUCCACCUACGACAUCUACACUCCAGAGAUGAAUGCCGCGCCCAUUUUGUGGAGAUCCGUCCGCUAUCUCCACGGCACUCCCCUGAUAUAUGUCUUGACGAAGAGGCUCGCGCGGCUGGUAUCCAUUCCACUAACUCUGCAUCGGUCUCUGGCGCCCGCCCUGGUGCGCACUAAGAAGCGCGACCCAACAUUCCACAAACAGGACGGCGCGGUUCCCGAAGUUGCGCUCGCGUCAGCGGUUAUAGUGGUCAUGAAACUGGCAUACGGUUUGGACGGGUCGUCUAGGCAUCCUCAGAACGCAGAAGACCCUGCGCGUGCUCUGCCCGCCCUCUCCGAACUCACUAGGGCUAUCCGGAAUUCAGAGGAGGCGCGCGAGGCGGUUGUUUCUCCUAUGUCCACGCAACGCCACAGGUACGCAUACUCGGUGCUUGAUAUGAACGACCAGAUGCUGGAUGAUUACCUGCAAUUCUGUGAGAAAGCCCUUCUCCCCCGAGAAGACCGAAUGCCCGCACGUAAUGUCACCACGACAAAUUUUCCCUUGCCCGAGAACUCCGCUUCGCGCACCACAGAUAGUGACCGGAUGUUUCCCGCGCAAGCAGACAGGGUCCAUCCCACAAUGAACGCGACUAUGGUCGAUGACAGCGCGGACGCGCUGAGGCCUGGACAGCACUAUCCGAUCUACAACACACAAGAUAUUCUAGGCACUGUUCCCGAGGACCUAGAACUAGUGGUCGCGCGGGCUGCACGCUGGGCGGGCGUAGACGAGGAUUAUGUCCUCGGCGUAGUCGAACGAUUUGAGAGACGGGUCUUGCGGUGGUGGGAAAACGUCAAGCGGAAGGAACGACAUGCGAGGUCUUCCGCUUCAGAGUAG